GUCGACGAUGUUAAACGUCCCACAGCCUCAUGGACAAUAGGAAGAAUGCCGCCUUUUCGCAUCCAGGCGAGCAGGAGGGAGGCAGCCUCGCCGCUAGGAAGGUUCACGCUAACUCCGGUCACUUAUUGAACCUCCACCGCAAAACCAAUCAAUCAAGCGCGAAAUUUACACCAUCGCGUCUCCUCAGUUGUUACAUUCAUCCACCUUCCCCCCGAACAAUCUCUGCCAUCACCCACCAUUGUCAAACUCACCAUGGCAGAGAUCAAAAUCGACAAGACAUUGUUCCAGGAGCGCCUGUCACAUUUUGUGGCAGCAUGGAAGGCCGACAAGCGGAGUGGUGACGCGCUGUUCAAUGGCGCCUCCUCGAUCUUGGUACUGAUGGGCAAAACCGAGGAAGCGGCUCAGUUCCAGAAGAACAAUGCCAUUCACUUUUGGUUACUGGGCUACGAGUUCCCGGCGACCCUCUUUCUCCUCACCUUGGACGGCCUCUACAUUGUCACAACGGCGAAGAAAGCCAAGCAUCUGGAACCUUUGAAGGGUGGGAAAAUUCCUCUCCAUGUCCUCGUCCGGGGCAAAGAUGCCGAGCAGAAUGAAAAGCUUUUUGCCGACAUCACUGCUCAGAUCAAGGCAGCAGGCAAGAAAGUCGGCAUCCUCCCAAAGGAUACAUCGAGCGGACCAUUCAUCGACGAGUGGAAGAAAGUUUACGGCAGCACCUCGAAGGAUGUGGAGGAAGUGGAUAUCUCGACAGCUUUAUCAUCUGCAGCCUUAGCAGUCAAGGAUGAGAAUGAGUUGCGAGCUAUGCGAAAUGCCUCGAAAGCCUGUAUCGCCCUUAUGAACCCUUAUUUCGUCGAAGAGAUGUCAAGCGUAUUGGAUGAAGAGAAGAAAGUCAAACACAGCGCCCUGGCAAACAAGGUUGAUAGCAAGCUGGACGAUGCCAAGUUCUGGACAUCGGUCGAGCUUCCUAGUAAACAGAAGAUGCCAUCCGAUUUCGAUGCAACGCAGUUGGAUUGGACACACGGCCCGAUUAUCCAAAGUGGCGGAAAGUUUGAUCUCAAGAUGAGUGCACAAGUCGACGACGAGCUGCUCCACCCCGGAGUCAUUAUCGCCUCGAUGGGUCUUCGGUACAAAUCGUACUGUUCCUUGAUUGCACGCACAUAUUUGGUCGACCCGAACAAGUCGCAGGAGAGCAAUUAUAAGCUCCUUCUCCAAGUCCACGGUUUGGUCAUGAAGGAGAUUCGGGACGGAGCCAACGUCAAGGACAUCUACGCGAAGGCCAUUCAACUGAUCAGGACCAAGAAGCCUGAGCUUGAGAGACACUUCAUGAAGAAUGUCGGCGCUGGUAUCGGUAUUGAGACGAGAGAUGCUACGCUGAUUCUGAACGCCAAAAGCAACAGAACUUUGAAGGAUGGGAUGACUUUGUGCGUUACCACUGGAUUCAACGAUAUCGACAAUCCCAACCCGCAAGAUAAGAAGAGCAAAGUCUACUCAAUGGUCCUUUCAGACACGGUCCGUGUCUCGCCCUCUGAACCAAUUGUUUUUACUGGUGAUGCUCCGUCGGACCUGGAUGCUACCUCAUUCUUCUUCAAAGACGAUGAAGAGCCCGAGCCGACUCCCAAAAAAUCCAAGAAGGACUCGACUGUCGGUGCUGUGGCAACGAAGAAUAUCCCAAAGACAAAAUUACGCGCUGAACGAAAUACCAAUGUUGAUGAAGGCGCAGAGGCAAAGCGUCGUGAGCAUCAAAAGGAGCUCGCAGCCAAGAAGCAAGAGGAAGGUCUGGCUCGCUUCGCAGAAGCCACCGGAGAUCAGAACGGAGCAGCAGUCAAGAAAUUCAAGCGCUUCGAGUCGUAUAAACGCGACAAUCAGUUUCCGCCUCGAGUUCGGGACUUGGCUAUCGUUAUGGAUCAGAAGAACUCGACAGUGGUGCUUCCCAUCAUGGGUCGUCCAGUUCCAUUUCAUAUCCAAACCAUCAAGAACGCUAGCAAGAGUGACGAAGGGGAGUUCUCUUUCCUCCGAAUCAAUUUCCUAUCCCCAGGUCAAGGCGUUGGUCGGAAGGACGACCAACCAUUCGAAGACGCCUCAGCACACUUUGUGCGAAGUUUGACGUUUCGCUCCCAUGACGGCGACCGCCUUCAAGAUAUUGCAAAUCAAAUUGGUAACAUGAAGAAAGAUGCCGUGAAGCGAGAGCAGGAGAAGAAGGAGAUGGAGGAUGUAGUGGAGCAAGACAAGCUGAUUGAGAUCCGAAAUCGUCGACCUGCCGUUAUGGACAAUGUUUUCAUUCGCCCUGCAAUGGACGGCAAGCGUGUGCCUGGGAAAGUUGAGAUCCAUCAAAAUGGUUUGCGAUACCAAUCGCCCUUGAACCACCAACAUCGAGUAGAUAUCCUCUUCAGCAAUGUCAAGCAUCUCUUCUUCCAACCUUGCCAGCACGAACUGAUUGUUAUCAUCCAUGUCCAUUUGAAGGACCCAAUUUUGAUUGGCAAGAAGAAGGCAAAGGACGUUCAAUUCUAUCGAGAAGCUACCGAUAUCCAAUUCGAUGAGACGGGAAACAGAAAGCGAAAGUACAGAUAUGGCGAUGAAGAGGAGUUCGAGGCCGAGCAAGAGGAACGAAGACGCCGUGCAGAUCUCGAUCGACAAUUCAAGGCUUUCGCCGAGAAGAUCGCUGAGGCAGGCAAGAACGAAAAUGUCGACGUUGACGUUCCAUUCCGCGAACUUGGGUUCAACGGCGUCCCAUUCCGUUCCAGCGUUUUCUGCCAGCCAUCGACAGACUGCCUGGUCCAGCUUACUGAACCUCCAUUCAUGGUCAUCACUCUCGAGGACAUCGAAAUUGCUCAUCUCGAGCGUGUUCAGUUUGGCCUCAAGAACUUUGACAUGGUGUUCGUCUUCAAGGAUUUCCAUCGUGCGCCCUACCACAUCAACACCAUCCCCGUCGAAUCUCUCGAAAACGUCAAGGAGUGGCUUGAUUCUGUCAACAUCCCAUUCUCAGAAGGACCACUGAAUUUGAACUGGCCUACGAUCAUGAAGACCGUCACGGCGGAUACACAUGCAUUCUUCGGCGAUGGGGGCUGGUCUUUCUUGCAGACCGAGACAGAUGACGAGGAUGCAGAGGAAGAGAGUGAAGAGUCCGCAUUUGAGAUGAGCGAUAGCGAGCUCGCUGCAUCCGAGGAGUCGAGCGAUGAGGACAGCGAAUUUGAUAGUAAUGCUAGUGCCGAGGCGAGUGAGGAUGGUAGCGAUGACGGCGAGAGCGAGGGCGAGGAUUGGGAUGAAUUGGAGAAGAAGGCGAAGCGGAAGGAUCGGGAGAGCGGAAUGCAAAGUGAGGAUGAUAAGCCGAAGAAGAAGAGGAAGCAUUGAGUCUGAGGACUUGAUACUUUUCACUUCAUCUUUUACUCCAGUCCGUUCUAGGUGGCUGCACAUCUGAGAUUGUCCUUGAGUCGGAAGGUUCAUUGCGAGCCUGAGGGGCUGAAUUCACGGCUGUGUGUUUUGAUAGGUGCGAUGAACGAUGCGAGGCGUCAAGGUUCAGCAAAAUGGGGAUGCAUGCAUUUCAGAUAUCUGGUGGAGGGAUUGCCGCCUGCUUCGGGAGAUAACGCAAUGCCCUCAAUAAUAAAAUGAUGAUUACCUACUCUACUUCUUCAUGUGACGUG